UUUAGAAUUGAGAAAGCAUAGAAAGAAAAAUGAGGAGGGAGGAGAUCAGUAAUAAUAAUAAUAAGCAGCAUUUCAACCACAAGCACAUCUUGACACACCUCCAGAUCGACGAAGUAGUCGAAGAAACCAGAUGCAAUGCGUGCGGAUGUGAUGUGGACUGCGAUUCGGGCUUGGACGACAAGCAAUUAUACGGGUGCACAGACUGCAAAUACUUCCUCCAUGAGAAAUGCGCAGAAGCUCCUCGGUCCAUUGAGCACCGAUCCCAUCCCUCGCAUCGCCUUACCCUCCAUGCAGCUCCAACCUAUUCGAACCAAAGCUUCAUCUGCAACGCCUGUGGACACGUAGGUGACGGCUUUUGUUACAGCUGUGCGCAUUGUUCGUUUGAUCUUCACAUUUUCUGCUCGGCUUGGCCUCAUACUACCUUAGUAGAAGAGGAACAUCCGCAUGAACUCCAACUUGUUUUUGAACAAGAGAAACUAUUAACUCCUGAUAUGAUCUCCAUUUGCUCCUUAUGUGAUGCCGUGAAUACCGAAUGUCGUUGGAUUUAUUAUUGUGAAACGUGCAAUUUUGGAUUCCAUUUACAUUGCAAGAUGUCAAAAGUACUUAAAGAAGAUGAAGAAGAAACAAAAGAAGAAACUGUUCGAGAAAUAAACGAAGCUAACUCCAGAGCAAAGACGACCAGACAAGAAUUAGAACAUGCCAUCUUAGAAUCUCUCGAUCAGGGGAAUGGCUCGCGUUGCCCAAAAGUUGGUCGUCGACCUUCUUAA